AGAGCUGACAGAGGCACAAUGACAAGCUGAUUAAAAUGUAGGAUUUUACAGGUGUUCUAGCAACACGCUGAUGAUUUCGGCUUAUUAUUAUUAUGUUUGCUUGACAAAAAUUAACUGGUUCUGUUUUUUUCUUGUUUGCUUUCUCCUCACCUCUUUGUUCUCUUUUUGGUUUCAGAUUUUAAUUGUCUGUCUUGAAUUUGUUGGUUUUGCUCCUUGCCUGUAUACCUUCAGCUUCUUCUUGAUGAAUUCUCAGGGAUCACAUAAAGUGACUCAUUUGUUAUUUUUGCAUCUAGAUUUUAAAAUUUGCCUGCUUAAAAUGAUUUGAAGUGAAAACCUCUCAAAAGAUGGAGCUUAUGAGCUUUAAAGAAGUCCUAAAAUCCUUACAUUCAUUCAUUCUGAGACUUGCUUUAUGGAGGUGAACUCAAAUUGAGACCAAUUACGUUUUUCACAUCUGAAAAACUUUGAGGACAAAAACGUUUGAAAGUAUUAUUAAAAACGGGGAGGGAUUCUGUUUCGUCCACUUCAGGGAGGGUUUUUCAGAAUAAUCCGGAUUGACCAAUUCCUGUAAUCUAGACCUAAACUAAAUCUGAUCGAAAGAAUGUUUCUGAUCUUUCUCUCAGAAAAAAAAUGAAUAAAAAGAAGUGAACUUUCUCAGAACGCGGCUGUUGGACCCGAGCCGGUUCUGACCGUGAUGGUUCGGUUCCUUUGGCAGCGCGCGCAUUCUCCUGCCGGGCUCGCCCCCGCAACCUAAAAACCUGCACGCAGAGUUGAAGGUCACGCGUACACACACAGCAUCGCUGCGGUCCAAAAUUGCGCAUGCGCGCUACCUCGAGGACUGCUUCACAGACCGCAAUAUGGCGAGGAUGGACGGCGGCAGAACUGCGGCGCAGGAGGAGCAGCGGAGUCCGGAGGGGGGUGGGGGCCCGGAGGAGGUGCAAAGGGUCCAGAACUCUGGUGAUGAGGAGGAAUCUGAUUAUGAUGCGGAAGAUUGGCUGUGGGGGUCCGAAACGACAGUUCUGGACUCCAGCGGCUCCGCGCGACAAACACGCGCGGUCGUUAUGCGGAGUACGGAGCGAGGACCCUCAGAAGGGAACCUAGAGCCCCACCGCUGCAUAACACCCCCCGGCGUGGACGACAAGUUCCGCCGCGGCAGGCUGAGCGAAAACACGCGGCUGGCCACUCGGUACGCGGUCCGGAUCUUCAGGGAGUUCCUGCGCGACACAGCUCAAAGCCCGGACUUUGAAACUCUGGACAAGCACGCGCUGUGCGCGCGGCUGCGCUCCUUCUACGUGGAGGCGCGCUCCAAAAGUGGACAGGUGUAUAGCAGGUCUUCCCUGAUCAGCAUCAGAAGCUCUUUGAACCGUUACCUGAACGAGCCGCCCCACAGUCGGACCCUGGACCUCACCAAGGACCCUGAGAUGCGCAGCGCCAACCUGGUCCUGGCCGCUGUCAUCCGCCGGCUGGAGGAGCAGGGCGCGGGCCCGGUGGUGCAGAAACAGGCCAUCACGCGCGCAGACCUCAAGAAACUUUACGAGUCGUCCGUGUUCGACACCGGAACCGCGUAUGGGCUGCUGAACAAAGUCUGGUUCGAGACCUGCAUGUACUUCUGCACCCGGGGCCGCGAGAAUCAGCGUGAGCUGCACGAGGACUCGUUCGGGUUGGCCGUGGACCGGAACGGCAGGAAGUUUGUUUUCUUCAAAGCUCUUGGACCGAACCCGAGGUCCCCGAGCCACGGUACCCGCUACGUCGCCUGGACCAGGAGACAUCUGGAUCCGCAGGAGGCCAGCCUGCCGCGCAUGUACGAGACGGGAACGGAACUCUGCCCCUACGCCAGCUUCGCGCGGUUCCGGUCCAAGCGGAACCCGCUGUGUGCGGCUUUCUUCCAGCGGCCGCGAGACCAGUGCUCCGUGAGCGACGUCACGUGGUACGAAAACAAAGCCAUCGGGAAGAACCUGUUGGGCAUGCGGAUGCAGAUGCUGUCGCGCGCCGCCAAGCUCUCCAAGACCUACACCAACCACUGCAUCGGAGCAGUUUCCAUAGCAACGCUAAACAGCAUCGUGGGGAAUCGCGGAUACAGAUGUGCUGCGGAGACGGUCAAAGGUCACGCGAAAUCCAUGAUGCAGCGCGUGCGUCGAGUGUCUGCCUCUCUGCUUCUUCAUCCUCUGAGCUCAUCUUCCUCAGCCUCACGGAGAAGAUGCCAGGUCGGGCAGAACGGCGCGAGCCCACCCGCCAAGAAGCUGCGAGUGCACACACAACCGGAUGACGUGACGUCAGCCAAGGAAAGUCACAUGACCCACAUGGGCGAACAGGACAGCAGUAAGAUCCCCUCCACAUCUCCAAACUCCACUGGCAUCCCACAAGUGGCCCAGCUCACCAAAUCAAACGCACCCGUGCACAUUGACGUGGGAGGACACAUGUACACCAGUAGCCUGGCCAUGCUGACCAGGUACCCCGACUCCAGAAUCGCUCGUCUGUUCAAUGGAACAGAACCCUUGGUGUUGGACAGCUUGAAGCAGCACUACUUCAUUGAUCGGGACGGGCCCAUGUUCCGCUACAUCCUUAACUUCCUCCGGACUUCAAAACUGCUCGUCCCCGAGGACUUCAGAGAAUACUGCCUGCUGUACGAGGAGGCCGUCUUCUUCCAGCUCGCUCCUCUGCUAGAGGAGCUGGAGCGCUGGAAGGCGGAGCAGGAGUCCCCGUCCGGGUGCCGGCAGUGUGACUGUGCCUUGGUCCACGUGGCUCCAGGGCUCGGGGAGAAGGUGGGUGUGAGCGCCUGCCGCUCCGUCAUAGACGAGGUCAUUCCUGAGGUGACCAUGCCUCUGAGCGCUGGCUGGACCCCGGACUGCACACACCUGUCUCGCUUCCCGCUCGGCUCACGCUGUCGCCUCAGCUCUGUGCAGGUUCUGGAGCGCUUCCAUCAAGCAGGGUUCAGGGUCUCAGGUUCCAGUGGAGGGGGAGUGGACUCGUCUCAGUUUAGAGAAUAUUUACUGCAGAGGGUCCGGGAGUCCUCCGGCAUGGCUCUGGACUGAACACAGGUUUGGAUGAAGAUGCAGGUCAGAGCUGCUCCUCCUCCUGUUUCUCUACUUCAGAGUCACAGCAAGCAGAAGUGAAAAGCAGAGGAGCUGCUCAGCACAAAGCCAAAGCCUGGAGUUUUGGGAUCCCUUCAGAGUGUCAGCAGACAAACAAUGUGCCUGUGUGUUUGUGAGACGAGUGUGAAUUCACACAAGACGUUGCUGUUUUCAGUGAAAACAAACAUUCAGGGUCAGUCUGUGUUUUGGGUCAGCUCUUCCUCACUGGCUUGAGCUGCACCGUUGUCUUGACAGAAAAAAGAACGCAGUGUUUGCAGUCAGGAAGAACCUCAAAUAUUUAAUCAACCAUAACACAACUGGGUUUUCCUUCAGAACCAGAAACAGAAAGAUUCAAAGAUUCAUUUACAAACUGGAAUGAAAAAAAAAAGUAAAUAAACAUCAACACAAGAUCAGAGGAGAAGGUCACACCGUAAACAGCAUGGCUUUGUAGAAGGUGAGUGAGCGGUGCAGGACCGGGUCCUGCUCCAUGCAGACCAGCAGAUCCUUCAGAACCACCCGGGUGACCUUCUGAGUGCCCGGCCGGGUUGGCAGGCACACCUAGAGCACACAAACCCAGUCAGCUCUGUGCUCUCACCAGGAGGUGUCAGAACACCUCCCCAUGUGAUCAUGACUAUGUGGGAGAAACCCCCACAAUAACCAUCCACAGUACCAAGGUUCUUCAGUUGUGCUCAGUGUUCAGGAGCUGCAUUAAAACCAUCCACUAUAAGAACUGGACUGAGUGACUCCUCCCUCCCCUGCCAGCGUUUUAAACAGGAAGUACCUGCUGGCUUCAAGAAGCCAAAAUCCCACAGACUUCCAUAGACAAACAAGCAGCUGUAACUCAUUCAACUGGUCAGAAUAAGUAUUCUUCCUCUGAUACCUUUUUUAACAUGAUCUUGAUAAUCCUCAUAUUUGUCAUGUUAUUUUUUUCUGUAGUGAAAGUUGUUCAAGUUAAAAACUGAACAGUCAGAUGUUUCAAUAAAAGUAUGUGGUGCCUGGUGGCCCCCACUUUCAACAGAUUUCAUGUGGCCCACUUUUAAGUGGUAGGGCUGUGGACUUCCAACAAGCUCACUCCUGAAUGGCGAGAGUGGUUGGCAUAGAAACAUCGACUUGUACCAAUCACUGCUUAGUGCUUACUGAUGCCGUCUCCCUCCAACAUCACUGGACUUUGUUAGGUUGGAAGCGGAUGUGUUCUAGGGGUGACACCACACUUAUUCGCUCCAGUUUUCAAAUACAGUCAAUAUGUAAAACCAAGUCUGCAGUAAACAUGCUCCUUUAGCACGAGUUAAGAUACCAUGACUUAACAGGUAUGACUGACUGAAUGGUUUCCAGGUAAAAUACCUUCAAUACUGUGAAUAUUUCAUUAGCUCUACUGGCAGAUUUUUUUUGUUGCUAAUAAGUUUUUCUUGUAAAUUUUCUUAUAUCAAAACAUAAAGUGAUUAGCACUCAG